CGCCGAGCGCUCCUCGGAGAGGGCUCCGGAGCCGCGGCCCCCAUUAUGCUCAGCCAUGGCGUGGCUGCCGGGCGGGCUGGCCGAGCUGCGCUGGGGCGCGCUGGUCGCCCUGUUCGUGGCGGCGCUGGCCACGCUGGCCGUGUACCUGGUGCAGUACGCGCUGCUGGCGCUGCGGCGCCGCCGCCGCCCGCCGCCGCCUCUCCCGGCUCCCGCCGCUCCCGGCCCGCGGGACGAGCUGCUGGACGAGGGCGGCUCGGUGCUGGCCUGGGCGCUGUCGCGGGGCAGCUGGAGGCGGCAGUGGCGGCGGGCCUGGGUGGCCGCGCUGCGGGCCGAGGCGGCGGAGCGGGCGGAUUCUCAGUUGCUCACGUUUGAGGAAGAUGACCCACCAGAACCACUUGAGCUGGCAGUUAAAGAAGUUAUUAGUGUUGUAAAGUCAGCUGAAGAGAAGGUGGUUUCUUGCAAUGUUGUGGGAGGUUCUGUAAGGUUUGUUGUCGCCGUCUCUGACCCUUCGCCCGCGGCUGCCGAACCUCAGUCCUACAGUGUGAAACUGUCUCCACUUCACUUGCAGCUCCAGCUCUCCGUGAAAGACAAAGGAGAAGAUGUCAAAAUUGAGUGGUUCCUCAUUAACACCAAUGAAAUCAACUUUGAAAUCCAGCCAGCAGUGCAGGAGGGACAGGCAGCAGGGACACGUGCAAUACCUGAAACGCUCAGAGAUGUCUUGAAGAACCUCUUUAGCUCAGCUUCUCCAUCUGUGGUGUUGAGUGUGAGGCCUGCAGAUACAAAGGAGGUUCAGAAUGUACAGAACACAAGCCUUCUCCCUCAGGCCACUAGUCCUCCCAAACCUCCAAGGGCUCAUGAACUCAAGCUGCUGGUGAAGAACAUCGCGGUAAACCCGACCCAUCACCGUGCUGCAGGCAGCACAGACCUUGUGUGUAUAGUUCAGUUGAAUGACCCUAUGCAGAAGUUUUCCAGCUCUGUAGCCAAAAAUGCUGCACAUCCCUUUUGGAAGGAAGAGUUUAUCUUUGAACUAAGUGCCAAAUCAAAAGCAUUGCAACUGCAAAUAGUAGAAGAUGGAAAGAUGGAUAGUCCUUUAUCCGGGAAGGUGACUGUACCUCUGGACUUGUUCAGGAAACAACCCUCUGGCCAGCAAAGCUUUGCCCUGAACAGUGAGGCCAGUGAGGGCAGCUCGGAGCCAGGGCCUGGGUUGGGAUCCAUCAGUGCAGAGUUCUCUUUUAUAGAACCCAAUGAACUGAAGACAAGGCAAGUCUCCUCCCCAGUGCUGGCCACCAAGAUAGAAAAGGAUCGCACUGUGAUGCCCUGUGGGACUGUGGUCACUACUGUCACUGCUGUGAGAACCAAACCUCGUCUGGAAGGGAGAGCAUCUCCCCUGAGCACAGAUUCUCCCGUGAAAACUCCAGUUAAAGUAAAGGUGACUGAAAAGGAUCUCUCUGUUGAAGCUCUCCAUUCUCAUGGUGCUCCAGUCAGCAAAACUUUGUCAUCUUCAGACACAGAGCUGCUGGUACUGAAUGGCACAGAUCCUGUGGCAGAAGCAGCCAUUCGGCAGCUGAGCGAGUCUGCGAAGCAGAAGCUGAAGUCUCCUAGAAAGAAAAGCACCAUUAUCAUAUCAGGGGUGUCCAAGACCUCUUUAUCUCAGGACAGUGAAGCUUCACUCAUGAUGGACUAUGCUGCAGCCAUGGACAGCUCCUGCAAAGAAGCAGAUCCACCCCCUGUGGAGGAAGCUGUUGGAAAAACCACCCCUGAUGAAAAGCUGUCACUGGGUCCCUCAGAAACAGUACCUGACACCGGCCCACAGCACAGCACCCAGAAGGCCUGGGGUCUGGAGAACGGCAGCCAACAGUGGGACACCAGCACCCUCUUAGACCAGACCUCUGAAGAAAUAUCUGGGAGCUCACUGAGCGUUUCAGAAAGUGGGAGCAUGAAAAAAUCCAAAGGUGGGAUUCUGAAAAAAAGCGCGAAGCUCUUUUUCCGCCGGCAGCACCAUCAGAAGGAUCCAGGAAUGAGCCAAUCCCACAACGACCUCGUGUACCUGCAGCAGCCCCUGUCAGAGGAGAGCCGCAAGAAGGGAGGCACCCUGUCCCGGAUCCUGAGCAGGAAGCUGCUUUCCAGAAACAAAAGCAAGAGCAAACUGAACGGUGCUCCGGGAGAACCGUACAUAUAAGACCGGACCCUCUCUGCUGGGAUACUUGCACAUCAGUUGAGCAUUUGUUUACAGAGCAGUGCUAGAGGGUACAAAUAUGGCUGGUGACUUGUGUAAAAGGAUGUUCACUAAUACAGUGGUCUUUUUUCGUUUGUUUUUCCAAAACGCUUUUUCUCUCUGAUGAUGAAGUUGCUCCUGCAAAUGCAAGCAGUGCUACAUUAAUCGUGAAGGCUUUGGAGAACCACGUGGUUUAUUGUGGAAGAUGAGGGAGGAUGGGGAAUGGUGCAGGUGGGGACCAAGAAGGCCACUGGUAUCCUUGAGUGCAUCAGGAAGAGUGCUGCCAGCAGGUCCAGGAAAGUGAUCCUGCCCCUCUGCUCAGCCCUAACGAGGCACAUCUGCAGGGCUGUGUCCAGUCUGGGCUCCUCAGGACAGGAGGGACAUGGAGCUCUUGGAGCAGGUCCAGAGGAAGAUGCAAAGAUGCUGAAGGGACUGGAGGAUCUCUGGGAGCAGGAAAGGCUGAGGGAGCUGGGGCUGUUCAGCCUCCAGAGCAGACACUGAGAGGGGACCUCCCCCAGGUCUGGAGGGUCUGCAGGGAGGG